AUGAAUCAAACAAAGAAUGAUGACAUCAACAUCGAAAUAGAAACUAUUAAAAGAGUAUUAAAAAAUAAAUACUUGUUCAGAUUUAUACUUGAAAGAGUAAAGACAGAGAAUAUAAAGUAUAAAGGUGUUUCUAUACCAAGUAGAAUAAAAAGUCAAAAAGAUGGUGUAACUUGUACAUUGGCAAAAUCUUAUAGUCAAGCUUCAAGUGACCUUGAAUGGGUAAUAAGAAACAGACACUAUGGAUUACUAAAAGAGUUGAUGCGAUUACCCAACAACCAACUGAAACAGAGACUAGAGAUUCUAGAUGAUUUGAUCGUCUCUGUGAUCAACAAUCCCUUUGAUGAUCGUCGACAAGUCUCUCCUCAUACAUUCAAUUAUCAGGAAAUGAACCAUUCAAGUUUACCAAACCUAGAAACAAGAAUUGGUAUCAGAGCAACAUUGGACGAUCUAUUCAAAAGACUACCAACCAAAAAGUUCUAUGAAAUCAUGUGUCUCUCUCAACUAUACCAAAAAGAAUAUCCACGUUUAAAAGUAUCUACGAUUGGUCAUAAAAUUGAACCAUUUACUCUUCUAUCCUCUUCUUCUUCAUCCUCCUCAUCCUCAUCAUCAUCAUCAUCAUCAUCCUCAUCCUCCUCAUCAUCUUCUUCAUCCUCUACAAACACUUCAAUGGAGUUCAUUUAUUAUGUGUUGACCAUUUUAGAUGCAAGACUUGAAUCCAUGGUUGAAAAUGGGCAUUUACGUGAAUCAACUCUUCAACAAGUCAUAACGAUGGUCAAUUCUGAAAUAGAUCUCUUGUUGUUUAAUUGUGUCAAUGGCAACGAACUACUAAUCGAAUAUUUACUAAGUCACUGCACUUUUGAAACGAUCUGUCAAUAUGGAGACCCCCGAUUAGUACAAGAGGUGUACAAUACAAUCAGUAAAAAGAGAGAAUAUUAUACCUCUUAUCAAAACAAGAAGAAUCUAUCCAAUGGAAUACAUGCAUCUAGCGGUGCUGACAUCUUACACUCUCUCUUGUUAAAGGGUCAAUUUUCAGUUGCUAAAUGCUUGGUACUAUUUAAUACUCCACUUAGAACCGCUCUCCAAAACAUGUCUGUCAAUAGUAUUGAAAUGUUAGAUUAUGUUAAAUCGCCAACUCCCCUACUCACACUUGACAACCAACAGAAUAUCGAACUAUUGGAACAAAUCAUUAAAAGGUAUCUUGAAUCUCCAACCACCACACUUGUACUUAAAGAUACUUUCCUCUCCCAAUUGGCCAACCGAUAUUAUCUACCGGUUAUUGAAUUUUUGUGGAACUACCUCAAAACAAAUAGUAGUAAAUCAAAUACCAAGAUUAACGGUCUAUUGGAACAAUUCAUACUUUUAUUUGACUUGGCUAUUCAAUAUUUGGAUGUAGAGUUGAUUACACGUGUCAUCCAACUUGGAAUACCUUUUAAUAUUACACAGUCUGAGAGUUGGGUAAUGGUUGGUCAAUACGGGUCUCCAAAAUGGAUCAAAUCACUCAUCUACCAAAACACAAUCACUCCAACCUCUGUCACCAAACAAGGUAUCCUUCAUUCUUUAGAAAAAGGUGCCCAACUCAACAGUUCCUCAACAAACAAAACAUCAAUCUUAAAAUACAUAACCAAGAAAGAAAUAAAUAAUAAAUAUAAAUAUAUUGGUUGUCCAAAUUUCACCAAUGUGUCAUUGAAAAUUACAUCUUAA